UGCUAGUCAUCUGCCUCAGCGUCAUGUCUUAUUUAAUAAAUUUAGCCUUUUGCAUCAUAGCUACGUCAUGCGCCACUGAUUCACAGUACAUGGUAGCUUCGUUAAACCGUUAGUCAAAACCACCCUUUCUGUUGUUUACCCUGCUCCAGUGCACAUAACAUUUUGGUGCGUUAAUUAGAUUGCUAGCGAAUUGUUCUUGGAAACGCCUGUAAAUUGAUCUUACUUGUUGUUCGGUAGAUGUGAACCAUUCCAUUCAUAGUAAGAAAAAUUAAGUUUACCUACGUUACUGAUUUAUUGUAUUAGUAUUUAGGGGCAAAUAGAUACUUUGCUCGCAUGUAGUUAUAAUUUCUUGAGUGGCCUAAGACUUUUCACUUCGGUUAAAUUUUAAUUAUAUAGCACUUUUCACAACACUCAUUUUAAUAGCACCUUUACAAGAAUCAAAGAAAAUGGAGCUUGUAAGAAAGUGUCACAUCAGGUUCCAUGGAGAGAACAAUGGCCUCAUUUGGCUGGAAGAGAAAAGUGGGCGAGAGGGUUUCUAAGGCAGCAGUGCAGCAGUUUGAAAUGGACUCAGAAAAGGUGGAGGAUAAUGGUCAGAUAGAGGGAGUUGAUUGGCUGCACGUGAUCAAGCGUAGGCGGGAGUUGUUGUUAGAGGACUGCACAGCCAAGAGCAAGAGGUUGAAGGAAGAGGGAGUACUACUGGCUGAAAAUGGAAGACAUUGGGAGGCGAUCAAGAAAUGGGAUGAAGCAAUUCAGAUGAAUGCAGAAGAGGCCACCCUUUAUGAAAUGAAGUCACAGGUGCUGACAAUUCUUCAGGAGGUAUUCCCUGCAGUGCAGGCAGCAGAAACUGCAGUCAGACUCCGCCCGAACUGGUGGGAGGCAUGGCAGACUUUGGGCCGUGCCCAGCUAAGCCUUGGUGAGGUGGAGCUGGCUGUGCGGUCCUUCCAGGUGGCAGUGCACUUGAACCCACUGGAGCGCACUCUGUGGGAGGAGGACCUGAGCUGGGCAUUGCGCCUUCAGGAUCAGAAGUGCACUGCCCAGCGGAAGGCCGCAGAGGAAGAUGAGGCUCGGCGGCUCAUUGACGAAGCCCCUGAACUGCAGCGAGACUAUGAAGACUUUGAGAGUGACGAUGUUAUCAACGCCUGCACAGCUGUGGCAGAGCGCCAGAAAAGAUAUGAAAACUUGAAGAGAAUGACUGUUGUUGUGAACACACAGGGUGUUGCCACAGAAGUUGCAGUUGGAGGAGAUAACUGUCAUGCUUCAAAUAGUGUUUUAGUAAAAGCAAGAGUAUUGUAAGAAGUGUGGAUUAUUUUUCUUUUUUGUGGGGGGGGUGAUAUUUUUAAAUGGCAUGCAAGGAAUUAUUACCUCAUAGAAGGUAAUAUUUGGUUUAUUGCUUUUUGUGGUUUCUUGUACAGUGCGCUGAAAAUCUAUGAUGCUGAUUGUAGUAUAUUAUCCCCCUACACUGUAUCGACUUUACCCUACCAAAUAUUUUAAUAAAACCUUUUGUUCAUCCAGGCCUUCAUCUACCAUUCAGAACAGAUAAACAUUUUAUACCUGGAUGUCCAAAUCGGUGUGUACAUUUUAAAAAUCAGUAUGUCUGUUCGUUCAUUAAUAUGUCCAUAUGUAAUAUGUUCAUACAAUGGUAAUUGAAGUAAACACAAGAAUGCUA